AGAAAGUCAGUCAGACGUCGAGUCCCCGCCUUCAGGGAAUUGGCGGGUAACCUAGCAACGCAGGUACAACAGAGGUAACCGAGUUGAGCCACCAGGGCCCUAGGAGCCGGGUGGCCGGAGAACGUGACAGCAGGAGACCCGCCUCAUCCAGCAACGUCUCCACCUCCCGGGGCACACAGAGGCAAGGGACGCGGCUCAGAAAAUGGCUCUCGACGUUCUCGCCGUGGCCCCUCUCUACCAGGGCCCUGACAUCAACAGGAUGAGGCUGACGGCAGAGCUGUCCAAAACGCCAGCCUCGCCGCUCAAGCCCCUGGUCCCCCUGAAGUCCAAGCUCACCACCAUCGAGACCAAGAGAGUCAUGUCCGUCCUGGACGACACCAUCCACAAGGUGGAGCUGGUGACCCUGCUCUCGCACAUGGCUUCCAGUCUCCAGGCUCUGGAGGGCGCUCUGGGGGGGGACACCUUGAGGGCGCUGAGAGGGCACGCGGACCUGUGUCACAGCCUCCUGGACAGUGUGGCUUACCUGCAAGAUAAAGAGAGGCGGCUGCAGGAGGAGGAGGCGUCUGAGGAGGAGGGGUGGUUCCGAGACCGCCUUCUCUCCGUGCAGCUGCGGAAAUCCCACCUAAUGCCACUUAUGCAGCAGGUCAGAGACUCCACCAAGGACGCCCUGAGACUCUUGCUCAACGACCCGCAGGCGCCAAAGCUCCUGGAGGCGCGCACACUGGGCAGAAGCGUGGAAGCCCAGCGUUUUAUCGACUGCCUGGUGGAACUGCGGGGUUUCCUGUUCGAGAAGCUCCUCACCAGCCCGAUGGAAGCCAGAGAGAAGAGUCAGUUCAUACAGGACAUCGGGAGACAGAACAGGAGGAACCAAGACAUGCUCAACGCUCUCGAGAACGAACUGGCAGCGAACAUGAAGGACAGGGAUGCGGAGGUGGAGAAAGAGAACUUCGUGAUCCAGGAACUGAAAAACCACCUGCACCAGGUGCUCAAGUUCUCUGAGAACAACCUCCUUCGCACCAAGCAGGAGGCCGAGAAGCAGCAGAAGGUGGACUUCCGGGCCUCGCAGGCGAGGGUGGCCAAGAUCCAGCAGGAGAUACUGCUGCUGAGGUCCCAGCACCACAACCUGGUCGUGGAAAACCGGGAGGUAGAGCAGGCGCUGAGGAAGAAGAAAUAUAAAGUGGAGACGGAAAUUGAGAACUGGAUCCAGAAAUACGAUACGGAGAUGGGUGAGAAGCAGGAAGAGUACGAGGAGCUUGACGCCAUCCACAAGGAGGAGAGGGUCCAGCUGGCGGAGCUGAAGCAGAGGUACAACGUGCUAGUGGAGGAGUUUGCCCAGAUCCGGGCCGAGCGGGAGGUCAAUGCCAAGAAGAGAAUGGAGGCGGAGCAGGAGAUGCUGCACAUGGUGCAGGCGGCCACGCUCAUCCAGGCCGUGUGGAAGGGCUACCUGGUCCGCUCCCUGCUCAGGUCCAAGAAGAAGAAGCGAAGCAAGAGCAAAGGGAAAGGCAAGAAGGGCAAGGGCAAGAACUGAGUCUCCCCUGGGCACCCCACUCCUGACCUGUGCCGCCAUGCUCCUCACUUCUCAGAGAGCAGGCCGGGGAGCCACAACGUGGGGCGGGGGAA